GCAUUCUAAUUCCGCUAAAUACAAAUUCCUGAUUGCUGCCCUCUCUGGGUUUUGAUUAGAUUCCUAUAAUUCCGUCAUCCCGGUAUACUAAUACUUCAAGUACAAUAAAUUACUACAAAUUGGCGUCGCGAUGGAGCUAAGUAACCUGGGAAAAUUUCCUCUUAAUGGUUCUCCGCGGGAGAUUGCUGAUUAUUUGGAAUGCUUUGAUGCGUGGUGCAUUUCCAAGAAUGUUCGGGAUGAUAAAAUACCUGCUCAUUUCAUCACCGCUAUUGGGCUUGAUGCAUAUAGCCUGGUGAAGAAUCUGGCGUUUCCAGAUAAACCCAUUUCUAUGCCAUAUGCUAAGCUCCGUGAACUUCUUAUAGAUCACUUCCAUGUAACUACUUUUGAGACCAGAGAGAGGGCUCACUUCAACAAACUGGUACGUUCUCCCAACCAGAAGAUUAGAGACUUCAUUCUUCAACUUCAAAUUCAAGCCUCAAAGUGUAAUUUUGGAGAUCAGCUGCAUACACAACUACGUGAUCGUCUAAUUGCUGGAAUCAACAUUCCUAAAUUAGAGAAAGAGUUAAUUCAGAUUCCUUCUUGUACGUUUCAAACUGCUAAAGAGGUAUGUAUUACAUAUGAAGAUGUCCAUAAUGAAUACUCUGCUCCCACUACGUCAGUAUCUGAUGUCAUGCUGUCCAAAGUCGAAAAUACAAGUGUUCAUGGAAAGAAAUCCAAACUGCCGUCCACAGGUAAUAGAAUGCAGCCAGAGAUCAAAAACAUUAAACCGUGUUUAUCCUGUGGAAAGUUACAUCUACGAAGCACUUGCCGUUUUCGGAGUGCUAAGUGCUAUAAAUGUGGUAAAGUUGGACACAUCAAGACGGUUUGCAGGAGUUCGAGUACUUAUGUUGCUCAACAUUCUUAUAAUUCUCCCAAGCUGUCUAGUAAAAUGGAGUCUAUGUGUCUUUCAACUUUUCAAAAUACUCAAGCUAAUCCAACGAAAACCUCCACUGCAAGUUCAGCAACGCAAGUAUCAACUGUAUUCAAAAAUGAGGUAGCUAAGUUGCAAUGUGAACUGUCGAAAGCACGAAAAGACCUGAAUGAGAUGAGAGAGCAACUGAAUAAAAUUGAGGAAUUACUGCAUAUGCAUAGACUACGUCUGGUGAAUCCAGAGCAUACAAGUUCUUGUGAAAGUCCUGCAAAACUAUUCAAAUCUCGAAUUCUCAAAAAGCAUCUGAUGUCCACUACUUCUAAUGUACAUUAUUACAAAGAUAAUAACUACAGACCUUCUGUUGGAAUUAUACUACAAAAAAUGGGAAAUCGAGUGGUGAAGAUAUUAGACAUCAAAGAUCACUCAGUUCAUAACGGACACCUGGACAAAGUGACAAUAAAUGAAGUAGGUCGUUCCAAUUAUAAUAUUAUUGAUUCCGCUAAUAAUCCUGAUUUUGUAGAUAAUUCAGAAAUAAGUCCAGAUAGUACUGAUGAAAAUAAUAUCACAGAAUCAGUUAGCUCGAAGCUACUUGCAAGCAAACCGAGACAUCGUUAUAAAUACGCGAGGAGAUAUUCGAGGUGUGGCGGAUGUGGUGAUUGACAAUUUCUAUCUCUGUAUUGUUUAAAUACUUACUGUUGACUGUUGAUAUGUUUCUUAUAUGAAUUGCAUUCUAAUUCCGCUAAAUACAAAUUCCUGAUUGCUGC